AUGAUGCAUCUUAAAAAUGGUGAUCCAGAACCGUCUGUUGAUCCAACUAGAUAUACAUUAUUUGCUUUUCGUUUUUGUCCAUACUGUGAACGUGUUAAAUUGACGUUAAGUUUUCAUAAAAUUGACUAUGAUUUAAUUCAAGUCUCACUUAUUGAUAAACCAGAUUGGUUAGUAAAAUAUUCGCCGUUGGGUAAAGUUCCCCUACUUAUUAAUCAAGGUGAUAAACUUCUUGAAUCUGAUUUAAUUAUGCGAUUUGUGGAUGAAUUACAUGGAGAAAAAGCUUCGUUGAUGAAUAUAUGUGGUGUAGAGAAAUUUCAAAAUGCUGCUGAAUUAGCUAAAAAGUUUUUCAGUCCUGGACAUUCUAUAUUAUAUGGAGUGACAUUUAGUGAGUUGGAUGUAGUGAAAUUCCGUGAAGCUUGUUCUGAAUUGGAAAAUUCAAUUAAUAGUAAAUAUUUUGCCGGGAAUCAAUUGAGCUUGGCUGAUUUGAUCCUUUUUCCUUUAAUUGAUUACUUUGAAAUAAUAUUGGGUAUUAUAUAUAACAUAAAUUGUGAUCAAAUUCAUGAAAUGAAAACAAAUGAUAAAUUAUAUAAUGAAAUCAAAAUAUGGCCAAAUCUACUUAAUUAUUUAACUACAAUGCGACAAGAAUCUUUUGUAUCUAAUAUAAGAAUACCAAUUAAUAUUAAAGCAAAAUAUAUUACUUCUAAACGAUCUGGUUUUCCAAAUCCUGACAUUCAGUAG